CAAAUGCCAUCGCCAUUUUCUCCCUCUCACUGCCUCCCGCCAAUCUGCCUGCAAGCGAAACUAUCUUCAGUGGAGAUUCUAGGGUUUUGCUUUUGGGAGCCGUUCCUACCUGGAAAUCCACGCACGCCUCCACCUCUCUUCCUGGAAAAAUCGUAUUACCCCGGCUCGAUUGCUAUUUACGGCGUAUGAGAUUGAGCCCCGAUGGUCGAUCAUAUGGGUACCGAAGUUCACGCCUCCCCUUCUACUUCUUCUUCUGCGGGAUAUAGGGUUAAUGAAGAUUUGGGAUGCCGGGAAUUUCAAGAUACAGUACCAUUUGAUGAUGAGAUGGUGCUUGACAGCCCAUUACAUGAGAACCCUUUUGCCAAGCUCCGUGAACAUACUGGACUUGUCGAUACUGAAGAUUGUGCAGAGGAUGGUACAUUGGAACGCAUAUUCGGGUCUGAUGUAGAAGUGGUUAAUGAUAGUGAAGACGAUGAAGGUGGAACGAGAAGAUCGACUUUUGCUGAUCAUUCAAUGAGUUUAGCGCAGACGAGUGCUACAGCUGUUGGUAUUUUGGAGUCUGAUGGUUCAAAUGAUCAUGACUGCAAUACGGGGAAGAAAGGAUCCGAUUGCGGAGCGGUAAUCUGUAGCGAUGAAGAUGAUCCUUUGCGGGUUAUUGAUGAUACAUACAUUCUUCGUGGGUCAAGACUGGACUUUGUGGAUUCUCAGGAACCGGGAGAAUCAACGCAGGCAGAUGCACUGCACUUUGUGGAUCACUUCCUGAUGGAGGAAGAUCUAAAUGUGUCUCAACCAGUUGUCCCGAAAAAUAAUAUGAGAAUGAAGUCACCCCCUUUCUCAGGUGCAAAAGGGUGUCAGAUAUUGGCCAAAAGAGUCAAGUCUCAAACUCCAACCAUGAAAACAAGAAUCUUUGACUGGACAGGUAAUGACCCGCUGGGGAUAAGAGAUCCUCCAAUCACUCUCACAAAGACUACAUGCUUCAAGACAAGAGAAGAUCAUAUUGCAGAUAACGAUCCUGGAGAGAAGAAAUGGUCUAUUGAUCUAAAUGAGGAUGUAAAAGACUCAACUCACCCCACGCCAAGGUCAUUCAAGGGCAUAUCUGCAGAAAAUCACAGGACAGAACAAACAUCUGGGACGAGCCCAGAAAAUAUGUUUAUCACGCAGAUGGAUGUGCAGUUGCAGGUAUCAGAACCUGUAGAAGACUUGUUUGAUGCUGGUAUAAACACUCAAAUAGCUGCUGAAGCAAUGGGAGCCUUAUUAUAUGCUGCUCCUGUCUUUUGCAACAGAGAAAACACUUGUGACUCGGACCCUUUGUCAUUUCAUGAAAACCACCGGAAAAAUGCAGAAGGUGUUGCUAAAAAGCCAAACAAAGAAAAUCCAAGUUCCAAUGGAUACAGUGGAGAAAGUCUUGUAUCAUCAUCUGCUUGUAACAACAAUCAUUUGGAGUUGGCUGCUGGAUGGGCCACGAGCAAAGGAGUUAAGAGGAGAGCAAAAGCCAAAAAAAGCUCUGUUAAGCUUACAGAAAAGUCAAUUACAGAAAAGUUGUAUAGGGCAACCUCUAGCCAUGCAAUUAAAGGUUCCUGCAAGAGCUCUAUGAAUGGAAGCAUCCCAAGGGAAAGCCACCGGAAAAAUGCAGAAGGUGUUGCUAAAAAGCCAAACAAAGAAAAUCCAAGUUCCAAUGGAUACAGUGGAGAAAGUCUUGUAUCAUCAUCUGCUUGUAACAACAAUCAUUUGGAGUUGGCUGCUGGAUGGGCCACGAGCAAAGGAGUUAAGAGGAGAGCAAAAGCCAAAAAAAGCUCUGUUAAGCUUACAGAAAAGUCAAUUACAGAAAAGUUGUAUAGGGCAACCUCUAGCCAUGCAAUUAAAGGUUCCUGCAAGAGCUCUGUUAAGCUUAUUGAGCAUAGUAAUGAGGAAACAGAAAAUACCGGCUCAAAGGUUUCUACCGUAAAAUAUCUUCUCAGCUUAGAUGAAUGGAAGCAUCCCACGGGAAAGAGAUCACGGCCUAUGCAAAGGAAUCACGGUUCAGCUAGUAAGCCUUGUUGUGUUAGCUCUGUUACAACGGUGCAUACUACGGUAUUGGCCAGUAAAUCUGUUAAGCUGGACAGAAUUGCUACUUCUGCAAGAGAGUUAGGGGUACCAUCGAGUGACAAAAGACAAACCUCUUGUGCCCCAUCAGCUGUUGUUGAUAACAAUGUGAAUGUCUCGAAAAUUGCAUCUUCAAGGAGAACACAUGGCCGAGGUCACAAAAGACCUUGUGUUAAAAAUUUGCCAAGGUCAUCAUCCCUUCUGAAGGAGCUUGCGAGGCUUGGAGCAUCGGGUAAAGCAGCUGAAGUGAAGUGGAAAGAUUUAAGAAACCGAAGAAACCUGGGACACGUUCGAGUGUUGUUCAGCCAACAUCUGGACGAUGAUACAAUCAAGCAGCAGCAGAAGAUCAUGGUUCGACUGGGCAUUUCUUUGGCAUCUACCUCAUCAGAUGCAACACAUUUCAUAGCUGAUAGAUUUGCUAGGACGAGGAAUAUGUUAGAAGCCAUGACUCUCGGUAAACCGGUUGUUACACAUCUAUGGCUGGAGAGCUGUGGACAGGCAAGAUGCUUGAUAGAUGAGAAGAGUUACAUUUUAAGAGAUGAUAAAAAGGAGAAGGAGAUUGGUUUCUGCAUGCCGACAUCACUGGCCCACGUGAGGCAAAGUCCACUUCUUGAGGGCGUGAAAGUCUGCAUCACACCGAACGUUAAACCCGACAGAGAUAUUAUCACUGACUUGGUAAAGGCAAGUCAUGGUCAGGUUGUGGAGAUAAGUCAGACAAACGAUGGAGAACUUCUGGAUAAUAAUCUGUUGAUUCUGUCAUGCGAAGAAGAUCGAGGAAUCUGUUUUCCUUUUCAUAAUCAAGGAGCAGCAAUCUACACGCCAGAGCUCGUGCUGAAUGGGAUCGUGAUUCAGAAACUGGAAUAUACCAGGCAUCGACUCUUCCACCUAUGCUAGAUUUCUGCAGAUGCAACGCCUACAUGUAUGAAGAGAAGCUGCGGCAUCAUUCUCAUCCCAUGUUCCACAUUUCUUCCCGUGGAAUUUACUUAGACGGAUCAGAGAAGAGAAGCCAAACACUGCUAAAGCUUUGGAAAAGUUUUGACUUGUGAGCAUUCAGGUAACUGCUAACUACACACAUGCAAGCUAACAAGGGAGAUUCACCAAUACCUGCAAUAUAAAAAAAAAAAGGUUCGAAAAAUGAAUUGCAUUAAAACACCAAAUUAAACGAUGAAUCUCUCCGUUCUUGAAAAAAAACAAUCCAUAUCUUGGCAUCUCUCCGGUGAAAUUUCCAAAAAAAAAAAUCCUCUUUGGGGAUUCUCUCAUGUUCCUCCAAUCGUCGGACGGUCAGGAUCUGUUGUUGGUGUUUUGUUUGGGUUAUCUGACGGAUGUUAAGAACUGGAACGAGUGGUUAUCUGUGGGUGCUCAUGUUCUAUCGAGUUCAUCUUCCCGACCAGUGCUACUAAUACCAUGUGUUUAUUAUGAUCA